GCUGAGGUUAUCCGCUUCCUUAGCCACAAACUUACCGUGGGAGCUAGCAUAACCUGCUUUUGGGAAUACCCCCCAGAGUUGUGUGGAUGGUCUGGUGGAGGGGGGCACGGUGAAACAACCGGGCUCAUCUUUUACCGGUCCGCCCCCCAAUUUUAACUCUCACUUCAGACACCACACACUGCAUGUUGGCUCCACACAAGACACAAGCAGCAAACACACACAGCAGUAGGGCCCCCCACCCCACUGGAGACCUCCCAUUUCACCUGCAGCACACACACCGCACACCCACACCACAAUACAAAGGUAAGACCGGUAAGGGGCGGCCGGUCUCUACCCAACUGGUCUUCUCGGGGCGGCCUGGCGUGUGGGGACCCUGUUAGCCGAAGCGGUGGCCUGGCAUGCGGUGCUCAUUUUGUUAUAGUAAAACCUGUCCAACACAAAAGGCCUUUAAGAAAAGAAAGGAUAUAAACAAUGUAGUAUUUUAAGUGAUACGUCUUUAAUUUUUGUUUAAUCUAAAUGGUACAUGUUUUCAAAGAUCUGAUCCCAAUUUAUAGCCAUACAUUAUACUAUGUAAAAGAUUUCUUAUUUGUUUGUUUGUUGGAAACUGAUCCAUUCCAAAUGUCCACCUCAUUCAAAAAGAUAGUAAAUCUGACUAAUGGAUCAGUGUUGUUAUUUCCUUUAAAAAAGAUGGAAUGGUUUGGUUGGUAUUGCGUCAAAUGCUGUUGCAUGUUCUUUCGGGGAAACUGGGAUACCAAAUUUUGAAAAAAAAAUCUUCAUAUGUUAAUAAAAAUACCAAUGCGAAUAUAAAAGUUGUCUAAUUAGAUGAUAUACCAUUUGUGGGAAAAGGAGGAUUUUUUUUCUUAUACUGAACAUCUUGGUUUUUCCAAAUAAACAGGCCAUUGAUUAAAAACUAUGUUUAGAAAUUAGUUUCCCGGCAAGCAGGGCUAGUUUAUAAACAUUUUUAAAGUUUAGUGGGUGAUUUUUCUAUUCUAUUGUCACAUUUGAGCAGAAGCUUGAAUCCUCCCAUCAAGUUUAAAAAUUGUUGGAAAAGGCGUUGCAGAUAUUGUCUUCUGCUUUCAGUAGCUUAAAAUGGCGACUGAAUUGACUUUUUUUGGUUGAAACUGCGAGUAAACCUUUUCUAUGGAUGAGAUCAGACAAUCCAGUUCUCAUGUACAGCCAAUGCCACCAACAAGCCUCACCAGAACAUUUCUGCUCUGGCUAACAACCACGAUGGACCUGCAGCAGCUCAUAGAGAAAGGCUGGCGUGAGUGGCAUGGUUUGGGCCUGAUGGAACGCUUAAGUCUGUAAAGUCAUUUUUUAAACCUUUAUUCAAAUUAAACUUUGCUUUUGAGAAACGUUUUCUUAUAACUAGUAAUGGGAACUGAUCAAAAAUAAACGUUUGAGACUUGCAGAGUCCUCGGCACAGAGGCGCAGACAGCAGGAACCUCCUCGGCUUCAGCAGCGGAGACUCUCCCAGCGAUGUGGAAAUGUCGCAAGAUAUCUUCUGGGACUGCACGUCUCCCACUCCAGCAGGGUCAAGACGCAGAAACGGCAGGGUGGUGGAAAUAUCUGACAUCGUCAGCCGCAUUGCCCCAAAGAACGUGAAGUCCAAAGGGAAAGAGUCGCCUCUUCUGCAGUGGAUCGACGACGGCGCCCUAUUGCACACGCCUGAUAUUCCAAAAACACGAGUCAGGAAGAAGUCUGCUCGUCGCAGCAGCGUGGAGAACCUUGUGAAGCUGGCCAGACAGUUUGAUGAAAACAUGCAGCAAGACGGCGAGACUUUGGAUGGCGAUUGCCUCCAUCAGAUGGCGAACACCUCCGAGAGAGAUCUGGGGAAGGAUCAGGUGGAGGAGGAGCUACACGCUCUCUUCGACUGCUCCACUCAGGCGGUCAGCGGGCAGCUGAGCGAGGUUUCUUCCCAGGACGCCAAAGAGCGUCCCGCUGCUUCGGCUGACGAAUGUGCUCUGCAGCCCGCAGGGGAAACAGAGGGAGCCGUCCACUGGGGUGGCUUUGAGGAUGACUGGGACAAUGACGACCUCCUCAACGACUCUUUUGUGCUGAAACUGACCGAGAAUCCUAAGGAGCAGCUGGGUUUGCAGCCUGCGCUCACAGACUCCGCACCUCGGCCUCCAGGCAGAAGAACCUGCGGCGCUCUGGAGGAGCCGUGUCCAAAACCUAAACCCACAACCAGAAGCACUUUCCACCUGGCGCCCAACCCCUGCUUUCAACCCAAAGAGACCCAAGAGGUUUCAGGUUCCACUUUCACUGCUGUACGACCAAAACUGCAGCCUUCCACUCCAAAACAAACGUCCUUUUCCCACCCCGACAAAACCAAUCACUCUAAGAAACCAGACUUUAAGGAGAUUUCUGACAGUUUAUGGGACGAUGAUGACGACGCACUGCUCUGCCAGGCAUGUGAUUCCAUCGAAAUGACCUCCAAUCCUCAUCAGCAGCAGGAUGUCCCACCAGAGGGACAGCAGGGGUCCACACGGCCUCCCCCAGCCCACACAGCCGCCGCCAAAGCCAAGAGACCGGGAACAUUUGUUCGCUCCAACUCCCUGCAAGAGAGCCGCUGUGAGGCGGUCGGCUACCAGGGAUGGAACAUCCCCACCAAACAGACGACAUGUCACAGCUCCACAGACGCUCUGGGGCAGUUCAACCAGAGUGGGAGUUCCUCUGCUGCUCUGCAGGCUGGAUGGGUCAGACCCCCCCAAAACUCAAAGUCCCAGCAGGCCACAUUUAAGAGGAACAUGUCUGACUCCGUGCUCGUGAGCCGCAAAGUUUUUGUCCCAAGCCCGAAGAUGACGAAGUGUUCUGCUGCUGAGAUUGAGAGGAAGAAGCAGGAGGCUUUAGCCCGGAGGCACCUGAGAUUACAGAGCACCUCAAAACGCUCCUGAUGGGGGCGCCGCUCCGUUUUACACCAAAACAAGCCUUAAGGAAGAUGGUCAUCAUACCAGAGGUUUCCUCCAGACACAAUCCGGAAAGUCCUCAGAGGAAUUUUUGGGGUUUUCCAUUCCACUCCAAAGCUGUAAAACAUUUAGGUCGUUUCUUACCCAUAAUCCUGACUUUUAAGUCGGCACUUCUGCUCGGCAUGUCGAUACAAGGACUGGCAUAAAAAUCCAUUGUUUUCCAUCAUCAUAAACCUAUGUUGUUCAAUCAAGCCUCUGACUACAGUGACAUAAGCUCACAGCAUGUGUGCUCAAGAACAAUUUUUGCAGGUUUUUUAUUUGUAUUGGUCAAAAAAAGAUGGUACUGCAACUUUUUUUAUAAAAACGGGUAUGAUUACUAUUUUGACAGAGGGACACGAUGACAUGCUGAGGUUGGCUGUACCCUAAAGCUCCAGAUGUUUUGUUACUGUUUUGAUUUGACUUUAACAAGUGUCACCUGACUUUCUCGACGCUCUUCCUCCAAACAAAAUAAAAAUAUUUAAGUGAU